UCCAGCGCGCAUCCUGUUCAAUCGUGUCCAGCCGAAGAAUUCUGCUCCCAUGUUUUGAGCCCGCUUCAGUGGGAAUACGGUACUAAUAUGUCCACCGGGUCUCUCAGCGAUGUCGACGACGAGCUCCUGGACGGCAUCCUGAAGUUUGGUUCCUCCGGUAAAGAUUCCAACGAGAGCACGGAGGAGAGCUCAAACUGCGAGGGCUCAUGCGCAAACGAGGAACGGAGAGAAACGCCCGGCAAAAAACGGAAGACAGCGUCCAGGAAAACGGCGCCCAAGGGUGUGGUCCAACAGGAGGGCAAGCAGGUGCAGAGGAACGCGGCCAACGCCCGGGAAAGAGCCAGGAUGAGAGUCCUGUCCAAAGCCUUCUCCCGGCUUAAGACCUCCUUACCCUGGGUACCACCGGAUACCAAGCUCUCCAAACUGGACACACUGCGCCUGGCGUCUAGCUACAUAGCGCACCUCCGACAGAUACUGGCCAACGACAAAUACGAAAAUGGAUAUAUCCACCCUGUUAACCUGACGUGGCCUUUCAUGGUUGCAGGUAAACCGGAGAACGAUUUGAAGGAGAUGCUGAACUCAACGAGGUUGUGCGGAACUACGGCGUCUUGAUGCAGCUCAGUGGCAGCAGCUCUUUGCCUUUUUAAAGGAACAAUGAAAAAAAAUCCUAUAGUGACUGAAAUGCAAGUCUCAUCUCUGCAGACUUUGAGUGGGAAUAACGGAAGGGCAUCCCACUCUCCUUCGUUCCCGUAAAGAAAAAAAAAUCGUUUAUUUAAAUGCAUUGUGAUCUUUUAUCUUUGCUGGUUCAAAGAUAAACUUUGUACUUUAAAUUGCUUUUUUCGUUUUCUUUUUUCUUUUUUCUUUUUCUUUCUUUCUUUCUUUCUUUCUUUUUUCUUUUUUUUUUUUAUCAACAAACAGUAAUAAUCCGCAGAUGCGUUUUUACUGAUGCAGGCCUGUGUUUUGCAAUUGUCUUAUGAUGGAUGGAUGAUUUGAUGGAUGGCUGGAUAAGGCACAUGAAACCUGCUCAAAUUGUUGUACAGAUUACAUGAAGUAUAUGAAAUAUAUUUGUACCACUUUUA